AUGGAGGUCAAUCCAGAUCUACCGCCCAUAGAGGACGACGAUAUGGGUGUUAUGGGCCUUACGGAAGUCGACCCUUCGCCUGUUGAAGACACACCAAUGGAGUUUAGAGAAAAGAGUUAUUUCCCGGACCAGGAACGACCUGAGAAGGAGACGGAGGAGAUGAGAGGUAUCCGGAGAAUGAACACAUUGGGGCUGAGGCUGGGGGAUCAUGGGGCUGCCUGGUGGCUUCUCCGCAUACAAAAGUACUCUUCCUACACCUUUACAGCCUUUGCUGCCCUCCACAUAACGAAUGUUUCCAUAAUACCGCUGGCCACACGCUCUGUUCUCGAAUCGAAUCGUUACCUCCUGCUCACACGACCAUACUACCAAUCCGCACUCACCGAACCCCUCCUCGUUGGUCUCCCUCUCGUCGCACACGUUACAUCUGGAAUUGCACUACGGUUAUGGAGAAGAAGACAGGCUCUGCUGAGGUAUGGUGCAGAGACACGAAGCGAUAAGCGCACAAUUCCAUGGCCACAAUUGAGUGGGACGAGUGCGUUAGGCUACGCAUUGGUACCUUUUGCCAGUUUUCACGUUUGGACUACUCGUAUUCUCCCGCUAUACGCACAUGGAGACUCAUCGCUUAUCAAUCUCCAAUAUAUCUCCCACGGCUUUGCGCUACACCCUGCUGUUUCAUUCACCGGUUUUACAGCACUCGUAGGAGUCGGCGUAUGGCAUUUCGUCUGGGGCGCGGCCAAAUGGUUAGGAUUUGCGCCAAGCCAAGUCAGGAUGACAAAAGAUAACCGGGAGUUGAUUAGAAAGAGGAGAUGGUAUACCAUCAACGGAAUCAGCGCGGCUCUGACAGCACUAUGGCUAGCGGGCGGUUUGGGUGUCGUUGGACGAGACGGCAAGAUGGUGGGAUGGGUAGGCAAAGAGUACGAUGAGUUAUACAAGUAUCUUCCGAUCGUUGGGCGAUGGGUAGGGCAAUAA